AUGCGAGACGGACAUAUUUGCGUCAUCCGGGUUCGCAACACGUGGAAAUUUUGGAUACUGUUGGCGGCGAUGACCUGGGGUCUGGUGGACUUCGGAGAGAGCCAGAGGCAUGGCAAUCGUCUCCAGUACCGUCAGACGAGCGGUUACCAGACCCACGGGAAAUCUUUGAGGCAGACGGGGAAGAGACAUUUCAUUCGGCGGUUGAAUCACAGGUCGCACAAGCACUUGAAGAGCAAGAAUUACCCGCAUUGAAGGUGGCGGGGGAGGAGGAG